AAGGCUUGGAAAUUCAACGUCAGUGAAGAAACGGCGAAAACCCAGUCGUCUCGGUGAUUGCUUUCGUACAGAAGAUCGGAGGUUUAAUCGGAGAAUUCAACCAUGUUGAACCGGCUUUUUGGAAAACCCAAGCAGGAAGCUAAUACUUUAACAACGUUGGACAAAUUGAAUGAGACCCUUGAAAUGCUAGAGAAAAAGGAGAAGGUACUUCUGAAAAAGGCUGCCGCAGAGGUCGAAAAGGCAAAGGAAUUCGCCAAAGUGAGAAACAAGAGAGUGGCCAUACAGUGCUUGAAGAGGAAGAGACUAUAUGAACAACAGAUAGAGCAGCUCGGGAACUUCCAGCUUCGUGUUCAUGAUCAAAUGAUAAUGUUAGAAGGUGCUAAAGCCACAACCGAAACCAUAGAUGCAUUGGGAACUGGAGCAGCUGCAAUGAAGGCAAUGCAGAAAGCAACGAACAUAGAUGAUGUCGACAAAACAAUGGACGAGAUCAACGAACAAACCAAAAACAUGAAACAGAUUCAGGAAGCACUGUCAGCCCCUAUUGGAGCUGCAGCUGAUUUUGACGAGGAUGAAUUGGAGGCAGAACUGGAAGAACUAGAAGGUGCUGAGUUGGAAGAACAGCUUCUCCAACCCGCAACAAUGGCUCCCACAGCACCAGUGCAGGUGCCUGCCGGCUGGCAAUUGGCUCGUCCCAUUCCUCAAAAGCACACAGCCGAGGAAGAUGAACUUGCUGCAUUGCAGGCUGAGAUGGCACUUUAAGGUAAUUCAUUUUUAUUUAAUGUUGUUGCCAGGGAGCUACAA